UUAGACCAACAGGGGAUGACUUGCUUCUUUGCAAAAAACAUCACGUUGACGUACCAAUCUGAACUCACGCGAGGACUGCGAUUUCAUUGCCAGUGUGCGACAGAGACAGCGAAGAUGGCGUCGCAGGAGACCGAAGCUUCUCCGCAAACCAACGGCGAGGUGAGCAGCAAUGGAGCUGUUGCAGCCGUGGAUGCCCAGGCUGUACAGACUGCUACUGGGGACCCUGCACCGCAACAGCCGGCUCCACCACCCAAUGCAUGGUCGGUCAUAAAAGGAGUCCUCUUCAGGAUCUUCGUCAUCUGGGCCAUCAGCAGCUGGUUCCGCAGGUCCUCUACACCAGACCCAAGUACCCCAGCAGGGGCACCGCAUUUACCCAGCCGAAACCUUUUCCCCAAGGAAAGCCUCAUGGACCUGUAUGUGUACAUCUCCCAGGAUGAGGUCUUCUCUGACUUCAACGACACACAGUCCCUGUUCUGGUUCCAUAGAGACCUGGUCUACGGAGACUGGAACACUGGAGACGAGGGGGACGGCUGCUAUGAGCACUCACUGGACCUGGACAUCCAAGAGAAGGUGCAAAUGAAUGGUUCCCUCUACAUCCACGUGUAUUUCACCAAGACCGGAUUCCACCCAGACCCCAAACGCAAGAGCCAGUAUCGUCGGCUAGCAACAGUCCAUGCCACGCGAAUGCUGAACAAGUUCAAACGCAGGAAGUUCGUGAAGACUAAGAACCUGCUGACGGGGGAGACCGAGACCGACCCGGAGAUGAUCAAGCGAGCGGAGAGCCACGGCCCAGUGGAGAUCAUCUCCCACUGGCACCCCAACCUCACCAUCAACAUGGUGGACGACCAUACAGCCUGGGUCAAGGGCUCGGUCCCCCCUCCACUGGACCAACAUGUGAAGUUUGACACGGUGAGCGGUGACUACUAUCCUAUCGUCUACUUCAACGACUACUGGAACCUGCAGAAAGACUACUACCCCAUCAAUGAGAGCCUGCAGUCGCUGCCUCUGCGCCUGUCCUACUGCCCGCUGUCCCUGUGGCGCUGGCAGCUCUACGCUGCCCAGAACGCCCGCUCACCAUGGAACUUCCUGCCAGAGGACACCUACGAGCAGUCUGACGAGGACCAGGACUCUGUCAAGGUGGCCCUGCUGGAAACCAAUCCGUACCUCCUGGGCGUGACCAUCGUGGUCUCCAUCGUACACAGCAUCUUCGAGUUCCUGGCAUUUAAGAAUGACAUCCAGUUCUGGAACAGCAGGCAGUCUAUGGAGGGUCUCUCUGUGCGCUCCAUCAUCUUUGGGGUGUUCCAGUCCCUGGUGGUGCUGCUCUACAUCCUGGACAAUGAGACCAACUUCGUGGUGCAGGUCAGCGUGUUCAUCGGCCUGCUCAUCGACUUCUGGAAGAUCACCAAGGUCAUGGACGUCAAGUUGGACAGAGAGAACAAAUUGUUCGGGAUCCUCCCACGCUUAUCAAUAAAAGACAAGUCAACGUACGUGCAGUCCUCCACCAAAGUCUUCGACGACAUGGCCUUCAAGUACCUGUCAUGGCUGCUCUACCCUCUGUUCGGGUGCUAUGCCGUCUACAGUGUGUUGUACCAAGAGCACAAAGGCUGGUACUCAUUCGUACUGGGCAUGCUCUAUGGCUUCUUGUUAACCUUUGGUUUCAUCACGAUGACGCCACAGCUGUUUAUCAACUAUAAGAUGAAGUCUGUGGCCCACCUCCCAUGGAGGAUGCUCACCUACAAGGCACUGAACACCUUCAUCGACGACCUGUUCGCCUUUGUCAUCAAGAUGCCCAUGAUGUACAGGAUAGGAUGUCUCAGAGACGACGUAGUAUUCUUUGUCUACCUGUACCAGCGCUGGAUCUACAGGGUGGAUCCCAACCGCAUGAACGAAUUUGGCACCAGCGGAGCGGAACCCACUGGAGUGGACCCUAACAAGGACAGCACAGCGCAGGGGGAGGUCGCAGCCAUUGGGGAGGUCGCAGCCAUUGGGGAGGUCGCAGCCAUUGGGGAGGUCGCAGCCAUUGGGGAGGUCGCAGCCACUGGGGAGGUCGCAGCCAUAACAGAAAAAGCAAAGGAUGAGAAGAAGAACGAUUAACCACGACCAACUUAUCCGCCUUUCUCGCCCUCGCUCCUGGGGUGAAGAGGACCUGUGGAAACCAGGCAGAGUGAAAUGUCAUUUGCCAGAGAAAAGAAGUCAUUGUAUUCUGUCAUGGACACCGCUACAAAUUUCAGUCUAACUCUCCCUCUUUGUGUGGGGGAUCUGCAGCGAAUCGUAAUUAAUGUGGACUUCCUAUUUUAUUUUUUUUAUUUUUAGUUCAAGUGAAGUAAAACAAAUGUGAUGUACUGUAUUCUUUAUAUUUUGGGUAACAGUAAUGAUUUGGAGGCCAGGUUGUGAAUGUUGGAGGCCCAGUUGAGGGUGGAUAGUUGCAGUACAUAUCUCAGAAUUUUCAGAUCUUUGCGCCGUCUGUGGAUUACUUGUGAUUUCUUAAAAAAAAAAAAAUCAUUCCAUGUGUGAACGCAAUGUGUCAUGGUGGGGAAAUUGGUGAGUUGUGCUGGAGGAAUCUGGAAGGGUCCAGAACCAAGUGUGACGUGAAGGGAACCAAGAUGCACAACCUGUCCAACACUACCCGCGAAAGACAGUCUACCCUCCAUUUUAAACAAAUGGUCGAUGUUCCGAACUUGAACAACAACAAGAAACAGCCUUGUAGGUAUUAAUAGAAAUAUAUUAAUUAUGAUGGCUUGAUUCCUGUUUUUCAGUCACUUGAAUUUAUUUUGUAUGUUCUGAAACUACAGAAUCUCGGGUUGUAAUGUUAAUAAUACUGAUGUCAAAGUGUCUAGUAAUAGCGGAUUUAAC